GGCCGACAGCAUUGGCCUCCGCAACCGCCUGCCUUUUCCCGCUCACAUUGUUGACUCCCUCGUUUACAAAACGAUUUCUCUUGAUAAAACACCAUGAUUAUACAAUGAGCUCGACAAAUUUUGCCGCUGCUCAGGAGCGCGUUCUGGAACGUCGUCGUCUCCGCGAAGCCGAAGCUCGCGCUAGAUUUGCGGAACAGCAGCGGACGUCCCCGGUUAACCAUCCCGCGUUGCAGAGACUCCCUUAUCCUUUGAAUAGAAUACCUGUCUCAGGCCUCUCAUUAUGGAAUACGAUAAAAGGUCGCGAGGGUAAUAGGCCUGCUUUCCGUGUUGGACAGGUUGAUGCUGAACUCUUGGACGAGGAACUGCUGGGGUUACUGAAAGAGCAAGUCGGAAAUGCUUUGAAGUAUUUUGGUCCCCAGGCCCAUGAGGAUUGGUCCCACGAAAUCCAGUUUGUUCUACGUGCAAUCUUGUUCAAGCUCUCGAUUUGGGAUCACGACGCAUCUUAUGGUGCGGCCUUACAAAAUUUGAAGUACGUAGACACUCGCAGCAAGGGCCCAAUUCAUUCAGCCCCGACAAAGUGGCAGAAGUCUGUGUAUGGCCUACUCACAGUCGGUGGUCGCUACGCCUGGGAGAAAUGGGAAAGUUGGUUGAUCAACCAAGAAGGCGGCUAUGACGAGCCGUCUCGAGAAGUGCGUAUGCUGGCUCGUAUGACAGAUCUCGUUUCCACGACACACUCGAUCGCGGCUUUUAUCUCUUUCCUUGUAUUCCUAGUCAACGGCCGAUACCGAACAUUAGUCGACCGCAUCCUUCGCAUACGCCUCACUCCUCCCUCCGCACAGGCAAGCCGCGAGGUUUCAUUUGAAUACUUGAAUCGACAACUUGUGUGGCACGCAUUCACGGAGUUCCUUUUGUUUCUGCUACCACUUGUGGGAAUCAGCAGAUGGCGACGAUGGAUAUCUCGUGCAUGGCGGAAAACAAUGUCUAGUAUUAGAUCGAGUGAUGGAGAUUCUGAAGAAACUGAGAAGCAAGGAGAGUUAGCAUUCCUUCCCGAAAGGACCUGCGCUAUAUGUUACAAAGCGAGCAAUCCAGAGUCCGCAACAGAAAGCGAAGUGAUCGCUGCAUCGGCGGCCUCUGGGGGAAUCCUUGGGUCCGCCCAGACGGAUAUUACAAAUCCUUAUGAGGCAAUCCCAUGUGGCUGCGUAUACUGCUUCGUCUGUCUGGUGCAAAAGGUCGAAGGUGAGGAAGGAGAGGGCUGGAUUUGUCUCCGCUGCGGUCAGAUUGUUAAGAAAUGCAAACCCUGGCACGGCGAUGUUCUCGAGGAGGCUCGACCUCAAUCGAGCUCAGGGAAAAUGGUUGGCUUUGCUGUAGACGAUGAUUCUGGUGUCCAUCAUAUUGAGUCUGAGAAGGGGGUGGAUGAUUCCGUUGAGAAAUCAGCCCUACUGCAGGAUCCUACGUCAGAUGAAGGGCUACAGCACUCUGGCCAGUGGUCUACAAUUGACCGAGAAUCAGAUUAAUGUGGCGGGAUAACAUACUCGUCAGAAAGCGACAGGCGUCAAUCACUUCACUUUUAUAAUAUGAUACGAUGAAUUAUUAUUAUUAUUACUAGGAGUCAGCUUUUAUCAAAGAUACCCAGUUGCACUGGCCCUUUAGCUUUCUUGAUUAUCCAUCUAGGACUUACUAAAAGCACUAUGUACCCUUCCAGUACCCUAUAUUGCCUCUGGCAUAUACAGAUCCCGUGGACCUAGAGGGGCUGUGUUUUCUCGGCCCGAGUACGCAAAUAUGUACGAUCCACUGGCCUUGAAUCUGAGUGCUUUGCCGGGUUGAGAAUCUACUAGAGCUACCAAUUGAAACGCGUAUGCACAUACAUGCACAGUAUACGGAUACAUUAGCCUGGAGAAAGGAUGUAUCCCUAUUCUUGUCAUCAGUAUUCGAAAGUUCCCCACUUUAUACCCGGGCCAUUGUCAAAUCAUAGCCUGCAAUUGAAG